CAGACAAAAGAUAAAUUACAUCGUAAUUAGUGCGGUUAAGUAUAAGAUUCCAACUAAAUACAUCGGAGUCCCAUUUCAAAACAAACUACACACCACCGUAAUCAUUGAUUACAUCCAAGAAACUACCCAGAUUAUAAUGCUAUAACCCACCGAAGUUAGAUGGAGAAGCAACAUAACAAUGAUCAAUCUGCUGCAGAUGCGGACUGUGGCGCCGACACUCUUACCGACAACUCGUAUGUGUCCAGCUCGGGCAGUGAUUCGGAUGAAAGUAACACCAGCCUGCUUGAAAAAAACUCGAUCCUUAGCGACAAGUUUAUGCUGCCUAAAGAUCUGUGCGAAAAUGCCACUAUUUUCCAUGAAUUCUUUUCACCGUCGCUAUGGGAUUCGCUGCCGCAAAAUUGCCGGCAGCAUUUGAUCAAAUUCCUACCUAUAUCUCCGGAAGACCGACCAUUGGAGCCAACUAAGCUGGUGCAUGACCUAUUUGCACAUAAAUUGCAUCGGUUUGGAACGGAUCAAAUGACCGUGUUCCAGCACAAUCUAGCAGAAGGAAACUUCCGUUCGGACAUUGCAAAAUUGCGAUGCAGUUUAGGAAAAUCAUUGCGGAAGGAGAGAAAAAUGUUGGAGCUUCAAAGAAUGGCACGGUUAGCCCAAAAUGUGGUGCUAUCUCGAGAAGCCACUCUACUGGCGGAACUACAAGCUAAUGGAGGGAGCUUCAUGCCCCCUGCUUUUCCUCCUAGGUUUGCGCCUUCUGGUUAUCGCAAUCGAUGGGCUCGACAGCUUCACGGCACAAAGCAAAUGGAAAAAUGUCGUAUAAAUGCAAAAAAACGAUAUUUGCGAGAAAUUUGUAGCGUCUCUGAAUUAGCAGGUAUACCGUUAAGUAUCUCCGAUGAGGAAGACUGUCUCGAUGCAAUACCCUCCGGACCUGUGCGCAAGCAACGUAGAAUGUUCGGUGCUGUUCCGCACGUAUCUAGCGACAAUUCGCAAUCCUUACAUCGACACGGAUCGGUUCACGGAAAUAAUGCUGCCUUUGGAGGCGGCCACAAACGAACAUCGCACCCUAGUGGCACUAGCGGCAUCGGUACCAAUGUUUUCGAUGGUACGAACUUUGUAACACCAAAAUUAUUUGUAGUAACGGACGAACACUACCAGAAACUGUUGCUACAGUACCGCAAGCGAAAGGUAGAGGAACCGAACCAUCCGGAGCUUGACUUAGAUGGAAUGAAAUUGAAAGAUGUUGUGAGUCGUACACAACUGGCAGCUGGGUACAGAAGAAUCUUACCAUUACCAAAAGUGUACAUGCCUGAAGCGAUGAUCGACGGAUCUGUAGAAGAUAUUGAAAAAGGUAGAUCUUUAAAAUCGAUCAAAGCAAGUCGAAUGUCCUCCGAUCAAGAGGAUAUGAAGUAUAUCCCAAAUACGGCGAUGAUGAAAACGGACUCGGUGGUUGCGAAAGUAGAACCCUUCGAAAAUGAUGGUAAACUCAUACCGAAAGUCGAACAAAUAUCAUCCUCCACGUUUGACCUAUCGAAUGAGCAAACGGAUAUAAAGCUACCGGCAGCUGCGAAGUGUAAGCAAGAGGAUAUUGAAACACUGCUCCCAACGGUAACACCGGACCAGCCUGGCUUUGCAGAUCAAAGUGAUGAGAAAAUCGUUGCAUCCACAAAGAAACAUCAUACACCCCCGAUGGUAAAACCCAGCAGCGAAAUCGAGGGUGGCUCUGGACCAGUGAUGGUGGAUAUAUUAAAUGGAAACGACACCCACGCAUGUUUCCUAUCUUUGGUCCGUGACCUUUUCUGCUCCAAUCCGGACCAUCGGUCAACAAUGGGGGAGUUACAACUGAAGCUGGAUGCAUGGGCAAAGAGCACGACGGCAGCACGUAAUAGCUGGUACGAUGAAUAUCAGAACAACGGUGAAUGGAACGUUACACUACAAUCUGCGGUGCAAUUUCUUACGGGAGAUUUCCAACAUCAGCCAGAAGAUUUCGUUCCCUACAUAGAGCAUAAAGUCGCACUAAAUAUCCUCCAGUGGAUUGGUGCCUCUCGGGACGGUGAUUGUCGUCUCAUGCCGCUGUGUGCAUUUUGGCAGAGUCGCAAGAUGGAAAUGGAAUUGACUUUCACGGGAAGGCACCCGAAAACGCCGACCAUCGCAACAAAUGUGCACGGAGCGGUCGUAACCCCGACCACUGGAAAUACCGCUGGCAGUGCAACAGGAUCGACGGCACUGGUAUCUUCGGCAAAAGGUAAAAACAAGAACAGUAUUACGAAUACCAAGCUGCUGCUGCUCUCGUCAAACUCAUCCUCGUCAUCUUCCUCAUCCCUGUCAUCGAUCUCAUCAAUGACAACCAUCGGGGACGGAAGUCCCAUGCUAGCCGAGGUUCCAACAGCAGGUUCGAUGUCUUUGGGAGCACUAUGCAGUAGCCAUGUGGAUGACGACGGAUCAGUCAGUGAACGCUCUGUUUCACCUCCGCCUCCUCGUUUCCCCACCGAUUGGGCUGUAAGGAAGGCGACCGAUGAAGAGGUACGCAGUUUUCGUGAGCAAGAGAAACUGCGCUAUGAAAAUCCUCACAUGGCCUUCACGUACAAACAGCACUCGUACGACAGUGUGGUGGGUCCGGUGAAAGGCAUCUACACGCAGGUGCCGGGUAUAUCGAAAGCCCGCGGACACAGCAUGCUUGUGGCAGAUCGACCAAACUUCGUCACCAUUCUCACGCUGGUUAGAGAUGCAACGGCCCGCCUACCAAAUGGUGAAGGCACUCGAGCGGACAUCUGUGAACUUCUCAAAUCGUCACAGUACAUAUCCCCUACCGCAACCGACCAAAUUCUGCAGACUAUCGUCAGCGGGGCUCUCGAUCGGAUGCACACCGAACAUGAUCCAUGCGUAAAGUAUGAUGCCAAGCGUAAGAUUUGGAUCUACUUACACCGAAACCGCACGGAGGAGGAAUUCGAACGCCUGCAUCUUCAGUAUCAAGGCUUCACCAAGCAUAAAAAAACCGUUGUCAGGAAAUCGACGAAAUGUCACAAGGAAAAUGCCUCACCUACAUCGAAAAUUGCGUCCGUGGAAAGUGCUCCCACGGACAGUUUAAGCUCAGUAGACAUGGCCCACGAGCAGCCCGGAAGUGGGGACUUAUCUAGUGGCGCAACAAGUCAUUUAGAAAUAUCCAGUGCAACUAGUGGUAAUGCUGUUGCGAUAAAGACUCCCGUUGUUUCUGCACCCGUUGCAUCGCCUUCCAUCAAACCGGCUACAUCUCUGCUGAAAAAACAACCAUUGUCCGUACUUUCAAACGCAACACCCGAUGAAAUCUAUUCUGCUGGAGGCACAUUGACAAAGAAGGUAGUGCAGCCUGAACAGUCCAGGAGUCACACAGUUCAACAACAGCCACUGCUCGCAUCAACGGAAUCGCCAACAGAGCCGACAAUGAAUAUAGUACCAAAAACAAGUGGAUCUGUUACUAUCAUUACAUCAACUGGCAGCAGCGUGAAGACGAUAAAAAUUCCGAAAUCUUCUCUAUCGUUGACAACCAAGCCAGCAAAUGUUUAUGGUCCGAGCAGUAACACCAACACCGUCAGCGGGGCGCAGAUGGAGAACUCGUCACCAUUAGAAAACGCGGUUCCUUCGUAUUUAACGUUACCGCAAAAAAAUGUGCUCGUAUCAGCCUUUGUGUCCACUGCUAAGCCCACUCCGGAAACUGCCAGCAUUGUUUCAACGGUCGGAUUACGAAAAGCUCCCUCGAUGCCGAUCGUGCUACAAUCGUCACCGGCCUCAACCCAUUUACAGUCGUCUUCCAGUUUAGUGUCCAGUGCCACGGAGGUAGAGAAAAGAGUGCAACCCGGCAGUUCGGUACUAUCCAUUCGCCAAUUGAACAACAACAGCACAGGAAUAGUAGUUGCCUCGGGCCCAGCAAACGCGCCUGGUGCUGGCGUCCCUGACCAGUCGUCUCCGGGAGUAUCGUCCCAAAUGCUUCUCCAAACGAAAGCGUUGCAAUUUCCCCUGAGCAAUGCAACGAUCGUAAGCUCGACCGGAGGAAACCCUGGGGUCAAAGUAUCUUCCACUAUGGUCGGUGUGGUAGCGCCGAGUCCCAAACCGAUUUUCACUACGUCUACCGGGUCAUCACACAUCAAGACACUGCCGGCUUCCGGCGCUUCCAUUCUUUCGCAAAGCACGCCUUCCGCUGUGGUCUCUACCGCCCUUACUACCGCAAACCUGCUACCGCAGCGAGUAGUGGUGAGCAGUAGCACUGCGUACACUCCAGCCAACAGUAUGGCUGGAUCGCCAAGCAUUACGCUCAAGACUUCCGGUUUGGUGACUACCGUCAGUGGGUCGCAAUCUACGGCGACAAUCAUUCCAACAAAUGCCACCCACCGCGUGAUACGACCAGCGACUAACCUCAUCAGCACUAUAACUCUGGCCAAGGGUCAGCAAUCCGUGUUGACACCGGCCCAGCAGAAACAAAUUUUGCAGAACUUACUCUGCCAGCAGCAGAAACAGCAAAUUUUGACGGCCAAGAAAAUCGGUCCAACCCAGGUAGUUACGUCAUCAGCAGCCCCCGUUUCGGGUGAAUCAAAGGCGGGAGAAACGACAAAUCAGCCGGCGGCCACAGUGUCGCUGCUGCAAGAAAACCAAAGGUUAGCUGGAGCCGUUUCCACCUUCAAGCUUCAACACCACCCGAACGCAAAUCAAACUAUCCGAGCCUUGUCGCCCCAAAUCGUUCGAAUAACGCCUACCCGCGUGAGUGGGGUACCAGCUAGCGGGUCGGGAUUGGCAAGCAACUCCGGCAGUGCCAACUCCACCACGACAAUCGCCGUAUCCUCGCCAAUGUCGCCGAUGUCGGCGGGGAUGAAAAUGAUGAAAGUGCAUCCGUCUGGUAUCCUCACCUCAGCCGGUACUCACACCAUGCUACCUGCUGCGACGGUGGCCACCGGUAAUGUGGUAGCCGUCUCUGCAGCAGCAGCCGGAUCAACGGCAAUGAUGCGCGUGCUCAAAACGGCCACUGGUACGACGACGGUGAUUAAAACAGCGGGAGUACAUGGUACCUCGCCAGUAACAACCCAGCUGUCCCCACAAACGCGCACCAUCCAUCAAGCCAAGCUGCGGAAGGACGGUUCUUCGCCGAUCGUGUCGAAGGUGACGGUGACACCGAAUGUUAGCACCGCCGGACAGCUGAUACCGCUUGAAAGCUUGUUGCAGAAGCAGGGCAUCACAACCACCACCAGUGCCAACUUGCCCGGUGGCGUUGUUGGAAAUACCUUCUUGAAGAUUGCCAGUACGGGCAAGGCGGGGCAACCGCAGUUUUUGCAAUUUUCUACCAAUACCACCAAUGUCGCCACCGGUACUCAGGUUACUGCAAGUGUCUCACCGGUUACCUCAGUCAGCGGAGGUGGCCAUCAAUACGCGGUGCUGGCGCAGAACGCACGAAACAUUAUUUCCGUGACGCCCAGCACGGCCGGAACUACGAACCGCCCGGCAAAUAUGCCGAUAACAAUCGUCUCCUCGAUGGCACAAGAUGUUAACGAUGGUUUAAAAUCACCUGCCUCUACCCACGUCUCCGGGAGUGCAGCGUUGACCAGUAUCGGCGCAGUGUCCACCGUAUCGGCAGCAACCUGCGCCACGGUGCUUCCACAUGCCACGGGUACCGGUAAACUGCCUCAAGCCAACAAGAUUAAGCUCUUUGCCUCGAAUAUCGCAAGCGCAAGUUCCGGCCAGCAGCAGGGCACCAUCAUAGGCCCGAAAACAUCGAUGACAUCCACGGUGUUAAGUGGUUCCGGUGGUGAAUUCCUGAAUGCAAAAAUAAUAGGCGUACGGAACGUGGCUGCUACUAAAAUGAAAGGUGGAUCUUCACUAAGUAUAAUGAAUGCGGGAAAUUUGAACAUUGCACACAUCGGUGGAAAGCCAAUUAUCAUUGCAAACAGUUCAUCGUUGUCUGCUAGUUCAUCCCUUUCGGCCAAUACGGCGACUGGUAUUGUUACGAACAGCAAUAGCAGUGCCGGAACCGGCAGCACUAUGGUGCUCACAUCGAAUGCAAACUACAGUAAUGUUCUGCAGAUUGACCCUAGUGCAAAAGGAAAGAAUGUUAUAAAUGCAUCUUCAGUGUCCAGCGGAGAAGGAGAUGGCACCGCAGGCGCGAGUGGAACGAACGUGAGUCAAACCGGCCACAUGCAGACGCAAACCCUUAUGCUUGGGAAUCAGCUGGUGAAGGUUCAAACCAUACAGGCAGCAACGGCCGGAAAACUGACACACCAGAAGCACCAUACCAUUCUGUCCGAUGGUAGCGCAGCACAGCGAGAAACUAUUUCCGCGCCGAGUACUAUUUUAACGACAGCUGGUGGAUGCACCGUACUGCCUCAACAACCGCAGGCGGCACCACUUAGCAUAAGUGGAAACGCCGCUACCGGCGCUAUGCCCAAUGCACCGAAGAGUAUUUCCGUAAACAGUGCCGUUGCUGCGGGCGUCAUGUCAAAGUCAAUUGUAAAAAUUCAACCCGGAAGCAGUACACCCAGCAAUACUACUGCAAAGAUCAUCGAAAUGGGUCAAACAAAACCGACCGCGCCAAAUUCUCAACGAGUUGUACUAGCUACAUCCAGUGGCCAUCUGCUAACUCAGCCGAUAAUACUACCCUCAGGAUUCCAGAGCUCUGGUCCGAUCAAUAUAAAACGCUUAAAAGUAAUACCGGUCAGCAAGCAAUGCAAAAAGUAACUCUGUACAGCUUUCCAAAGGAAUUCCGAAAUUUGUUGAUGUACACUCCGCGUACACUUAUUAGUGCAUAGCAUAGUUUAGUCCGUGUAAUAAAAUUAAAAUUAACUUUA